UGACUGUGUUACUGGAGCACUGGGAAUUUGCCUCUUCCAGCCGCAGCCUCCUUGGGACUACAGGCUCUGGGCAGGACCCAGGAAGCUUUUGGGAAACAUACCCCUGGGAGGUCAUCUGAGAAGGCACAAGGAUGGCAACGGCACCUCCCCGAGGCUGCGGCAGCAUCGCUGCUGACUAUUACCUGCUCUGUGACAUGGAGCAGGCCUGGGGGAUCGUCCUGGAAUCACUGGCUGCAGCUGGAGUUGUCGUCACCAUCUUCCUCAUCUGCUCACUCUUCUUCUUCAUCUGUAAAGUCCAAGACAACAGCAAACGGCACAUGAUCGCCAUCUAUUUCUUCUUCCUCUUAGGCACACUCGGCAUUUUUGGUCUCACUUUUGCCUUCAUCAUUAAACUCAAUGACAGUACUCGCUCCACUCGCUUCUUCCUUUUUGGAGUCCUCUUCGCUGUCUGCUUCUCCUGUCUCCUCACCCACGCCUACAACCUCAACAAACUAGUGAAAGGAAGAAAGCCCUUCUCCUGGCUGGUGUUGCUGCUCCUCAUCAUUGCCUUUUCUCUGGUGCAAAUUGUGAUCAGCAUUGAGUACCUAGUCACUAUGCUAGUAAACCAGAGAGAUAUAUUUCUGAAUAUGCCUGCAGAGAAGACCAACAAGGACUUUGUCAUGCUUCUGAUCUAUGUGCUCUUCUUGAUGGCUCUGACUUUCCUGGUUUCCAUGUUCACAUUCUGUGGGUCAUAUAAAAGCUGGAAGAGGCACGGAGCACACAUCUUUGUCACUAUCCUGUUCUCCAUUGCCAUUUGGGUGGUGUGGAUCACUAUGCUUAUAAGAGGCAACAGAAUUUUAAACAAACCGAGCUGGGAUGAUCCUGUUCUGGCCAUUGCUCUGGUGUCCAAUGGAUGGAUCUUCCUGAUAAUGUACAUAGUCCCUGAAAUUUGUUUCCUCACCGCUCCUCUGAAGCUGGAAGACUAUCCCCCAGAAAAUGAUUUCUGCCAGCCCAGACUGAUAAAGCAGACCUCUGGAGUGGACAACCAUGCCUACACCCAAGAUGAAAUUCUGCAAGGAGGCAAAGGAGACCCCAGGGACUCCCCGUACUCUCCUCAAUUUCAGAUGAAGGCCAUCGAACCCCAGAAUGAUUUUUCCAUCCCUCGGCCUAAGGCCCGGACCAGCCCUUACCAUGACUACACUGGUGGGAAAGGCCCCAUGUAGCCGCUCUUUGGGGACCAAAGACACUAAGCACCUGUCAGCAGAGGCUUGGGGAAUGGGCCACAUGGUGACAAUUGUUUCAGUCCUGCAGAAGAGAGACAGAUUCAGCCCCUACAUUGUUGAUGCUGAUGACAAGGGGAGGUGUCCUCUUUCCCCACCCCCUUCACCCCCCAGCUCUCCAUAGGCACCCUGGUAGCUCCCUUAUUCCUCGAAGAGGACUUCCAGACACUGUGGGCAAUCCUGUCCCUGCUCACCCAGUU